CUGUCGACUCUUUCACAAUCGUUCGUGGCAUCGGUCGCCCGCGCUCGUAAUACUGCUGGAGUCCCCUGCGUCUUGUGGGGCCACUGUCUGCUUGGUCUUCACGGCGUGCCGUCCAUCAUCGGUUCCGUCGAUUUUGUCAUCCCCGACCACUCCCUCUCAGCAAGCACUCAAGCCCUCUCUUCAUGUCCCGGCCUCGUCCCAUGCCCAGAUCCGCUCUCCUGCUUCGCAACCUCCAAAGAACGGCACACACAACUCCCAGCACACCACGCCCACCUCGACGACGACCUCGAAAUCACCGCCGGUCUCUAUUUUCAAUCCGACACGCUAUGGUUCCUCCCCCAGCUGGACCACACACUCCUGUUGCCCAACCGCAACAGUGAUGCCGAUGCUGCCGAUCUACUACCCUCCAAUCUCGCCCUGGCCUCUGACCGGCAAGUGUUCCCGCCCUGGCGGCCUGGGAGAGGCGCUGGCGUGUUUGAGUCGGACGGUGAUGCGGUCAUCGCCCUCAAGUCUCAUACCCUCUUGGAGGCGUACAUGCGGCUCUACGCACGGGAUCAGGGAAAACGGGUGGGUUCGUUUGGGAUUGCUAUGAUUGCGUACAUGCAGUUGUAUGUUGAUGCGGACGGCUUUUUGGAUGCUGACUUGCUUCCUGAGCCUUUGCGGACUUCUUAUGCUGAACUACAGCGGGGUGGGAAGCCGAUACGGCUGUGGAUGUUGGAGUUGAAGGAUGCUCUUGGGGUGGGUGGAGAGGAUACAGAGAGUGAUGAUGAAGCUCGUACGCCUUGGGAGCUUCGAGGUGUAAGUCUGAGAUGA